AUGAUGUUGGAAUCUGUGCCACGAUGGGUCCGUGUGUCGGCCGUGGUUCUCGGGGUCGGAAUCGGUUCGGAAGUGCUGUACGAGCUGUACCUUGGCUGGAGGUCAUUCUGCGAGCAACGUCGGGCUCGGCAACGCGCGACCAGUCAUAUUAACGAAGUUUAUUUCACCAAUGAACGGAGCACCCUGGCGAAUGCGCCCGGGACGACAAUGGCCAGCUUUACGACGGAACACGUCAGUCGGAUUGUGGCCCUGCUGGACCGGGCGCGCGUCUCCGUGAACCUCGGGAUGUACAUUAUUACGGUGUCCAGCAUCGGGGACGCGCUCCUACAGGCCGCGAAUCGCGGAGUUCGGGUUCGGGUCGUCGGAUGUUCGUCGAUGGCCUACAGUACCGGAUCGCAGAUGACCCGUUUGGCCAAUGCAGGAAUCCCAGUGCGUUUCGAUCGUAAGGAAAGUGCCUACCUAAUGCACCACAAGUUCUGCCUAAUCGACACCGAUUGGUUCUGUCCGCGGUGCUAUCAUGAAGAAAAAAUGCGCAGAAAGGGCUUCUGCUGUGAUACGGUUUUCGACAAGCGAAGCGGCAGUGCCAGUGCCGUGCAGUGCGUUGAUGAUGGGUCGCGAUGUGUGCGCUGCGAUCCGCAGCAGAAGAAAGAAGUCGAGAUGCGCAAGCUCAAGGUGACGGCCACCGAGCCGUUGCCGAUCGGGGGGUUGCUCAUUACGGGGUCCACCAACUGGACCAUGCAGGCCAUGUCCGGCAACUGGGAUAACAUGGUGAUGACGUCGAUGCCGGAGCUGACGACGCCGUUUCAGUUGGAGUUUCAACGGCUGUGGCGCGAGUUCGGUCAACAUCCACUGCUGAUAACUCCGGCGGCCAUCGGGGGAGAUAGGCAGUGA